UAUAUGUUGAACUGGAAUUGUGGUCCUUUAAAUUGUCCUGCUGGGUGCCAUGCGGUAAAUCACGACUUCUCUCACAGCGAUAGUCUGACUGUCGCAUGCUAUCCUCACUGUGAUCGAAAAGGAAAUCCAUCGGCAUGUGAAAAAUAUUAUACUGAUGAUGUGCAGAUCACACGAGCAGGAAAUAUACGACAGGGUACCGGUACAUGUACUGCUGUGGACGUUUGUAGUAGCUGUAACGAUGGCUUCUAUGGAGGAGAUAAAUACUGUUACAUGUGUGGAAAGAUUGAUAACUGUUUGUAUAGAAAGUGUACUGAUAACAACCAGAAUCAGAUCUGUGGCUGGUGUGAUGGAGAGAUAGCUGAAAGGCCGUACUGGAAAGCUUAUACUGGAGACGUAGAUAGCAGAAAAUCUUGUCAAAAGGCCUGUUCCUGGAGAACGGAUAGUACCAGGUGCUACCCAGGGACAUGUGCAGAUGGAUUAGCUGCUAAUUGCCAGUGUGCAGACAAUUUUUCUGGUACACAUUGUGAAAAUAUUGAUGAAGCACCACCUAUACUGGAAAAUCAUGGUCAAUUUUUUGAUAGCAUACAAAAAAAGAUAAAGAUAGAAAAUGACCCGAAUCAUAUCACAGAUGGACAUCCAAUUGUAUGGAGCAACUUUAUCAUGUUUGGUUUGGUUGAGACUGUAAUGUCAGCUAAAUAUUUACAGCCGAAUGUUGGACUUGAUGCAGACCAUUAUGUCAGGGAUUUUAAAGUUGGUUUAGUAGAGAUGAAGACAACAUUAAAAUUUUAUAGAGGGGGUUCAUUAAUUGACACAAAAAUACAGUUUUGUCAGCCAAUGAGUAAAUAUGAACCCAUUGAUUUUCUGAAUUGUAAACAGUCCUUUUACAUCAGUAGUUUUACUGGUCCAACAUGGCUGCCCUUCCAACAUGAUGAUAAAGUUAUAUACACAGUAUCUGCAACCAAUGGAGGGUUUGUUAAGACACAAGAUCGUGAUGAAUAUUUCAACAGACAUGUAGAAGUCAUAAACCAAUUCUUUUAUCAAGGGCAGACAACCACUAGAGAUUUUGAGUACCAUUGGGACCUAGUACUACCAUACCACUGCUCUGUGGCUUCGGGAACAGCUUGUGCUCCAUUUGUGUCUAUACAGUCAGAUAUAACAAAUAAUCCAGUUGUGACAUAUUCCUGGGGUGGAUGGUCUGAUGACAUGUCAGGAAUAUCACAUUUCCAAUAUCAGCUGUUUGACUUGGUUCACACUGCAGGAGGAUUGAUGGAUGGUUUUAGUGGUAAAGGGAGUGGUACUUUACCUAAUGGUACAACAUCUGCUACAGUAACAGUCACAGAACCAGGAGUGUAUACCAUCCAUCUUUCAGCUUUUGAUAAUGCAGGGAAUUCAAAAACUGGUAGAGGAAUUUUUUUCUUUGAUGAUGAAUCAGUAGUAACAUUACAUGGUGACGAUAUGAAGUGUGAGACAGCCUCAAAAGAUACAUCAUACCUGUGGGUAAUUGAGGACACACCUUCUGUAAAAAUAAUUUGGCCGGGGAGAUUUCAAAAUAUACGACAUAAGCACAAUAGUUGGCUGAAUCCUGUUCUACCAUUGGCUCCUGGAGCUGAUCCAAUAUAUGAAGAUCUCUAUGGAAACAGAACUAGUGCAGAAAUUCAACAUAUGCAUGGUAUUGUUGAUUUCCAAGUAGCCUAUGACGUUCAUGACCCUACAUUAAAGGAUUCACAGAUAUUUACAUCCCUCCCUACUAAUCAGUUGAAGGACCAGUUCGUCAGUCUAUCAGUAGACUGGGGGGAUGGAGAUAGGUUAAAUGUAACUGUACAAGCUUUUGAUGUCCUUAGAGAAUUCAAUAUGGAGUCUUUGUUGGUGUACAGAGAUGUCAGUCCUCCAAUUAUAGAAAAUCUUUGGUUGAUCAAAGGUGACAGGGUUAAUAUAAGUGUUCAUAGUGUUGAGGAUUUUUCUGAAAUGACGAUAGAAUGGGAAGCAUAUGAUGAUCACAGUGGGUUAGAGACUGUUUACUGGAAAUUGUAUGAUAACUAUGAGACUUUUGUAGAACAUGGCCAUGAAGAUAUCGUAGCACAAGGGCAUACUGAUGACCUACCAGAAUGCCAAACUAAAUAUUUGUCUUACCCAAGAGGACCUAACUGUUACUGUACUCCAUUUAUGGGAUGUUUCCAUCGUCACUUUCAAGUGAAACCAGAAAUCAAAGUACAUGGUGGAUUGAAAGCCGGUCUUGACAGAGGAAAUCAUGACUCUGAUUACUAUAUUGAGAUUGCAGUGAAAAAUAAAGCUCUUGUGCAAACCAUCUUAACAAAAAAGAUAACUAUUGAUACAAGUCCACCACACCCAGGUGUGGUCCAUGAUGGACUACCUGGAAACACAGAAAUAGACUACCAACAAGGAAUGGACCUAAAUGCUUACUGGGACCAGUUCUUUGACAGAGAGAGUGGAGUGUUUUUCUACCAGUAUUUAGUUGGUUCAAGCUGUGCUGACAAAAGUGCCUUUAGUCUUGAUAUAAAUAAUACAAAUAUUGUGGAGACAUACAACAGCUUUGGAAGCCACACAGUCAGUGAUGAUGGAACCUAUUAUUUCACUGUUGUGGCCUAUAACAGGGCCCUAGACCCUUCAGAACCAGUGUGUUCAGACGGUGUAACUAUAGACAGUUCUGUACCAGGAGUUAAGGAGGUGGUUGUUAAAGAUUCAGUGAUUACUGGUGGAUUAGUCACAGAUGUCAAUCAGACCAGUUACUAUAUCCUUGGAUCAGAUCGUGUACGUAGGUUGAUUCCAAAUCCUACUGCUGACUGUGUGAGUAAAGCUAGAACCUUGAGUGAUAUUGACCUUUACCCUCUACAGAGAUUUGACAACAAUGACAGCUUGAUAGAAGUAGAUGGCAAUAUAUUCUGCAGUAAUUCAUCAAGUGCACCUAGCAGUAUUGGUCUAAGUUUGUCGAAAGCAUCUCUGAUGGAGAUGUCUUGGGAGCCUUUAGAUAUACCUGCCAAAAUAUUCGAUUAUGAAGUUGGAUUUUCUUCGACAGCAGGAAGUUCAGCACCUGAUAUCAUGGCAUUUGAGUCUACUAAACAACAUGCACAUGUCAGGGUAACCCAUGCCAACAUACCUGAUGCCACUGAAAUCUACAUCAUUAUAAAAACUAUCAGUAAAUCCAAUGUAGAAGGACUGACAACACUGGGACCAUGUUUUAUGGAUACAACUCCACCAGAUUUUACAGGUUCUAUAUCUGUAUCCUUGUCUGGAGAAUAUCUGGUUGCCUCCUGGGCAGCAAAUGCUUUCUCAGAUAGUGAAGAAUUAUUUGAUAUGGAUUACCAGUUUGCUUUAGGUCACACACCAUAUGGAACUGAGAUACAAAACUUUAAACCUGUACAAGGCAGUACAACAUGUGUGUUAACCGUAUCCCCAACUUGUACAGCUGUUAAUAUAACAGAUCUUGAAUGGAAUAUCCAUGGACAUCAUACAUACUAUAUAUCCAUUAAAGUGACCAAUACAGCUGGACUGGUCAACAUAAAAACAUCCACUCCAUACAUUCAUGAUGUCCAGUUACCUGCACAGGGUGUUGUUCUUGAUAUUGACACUGAGUCUUUCUCUACAGAUAUUCCCUUAAUGGACAAAGAAGAUACAGAUUUCCAGAAAGUCUCCAACAGUAUGGCUGCCCGCUGGUCAGGAUUUGCACAUCCACAUUUAGAUGUAACCUACAGUAUAAGUAUUGGUACUACCAUGGGAGGAAGUGAUGUUGUAUCAAUGAAGGAUGUGGGUACCAGUCUAGCUCACCAGGAAACAGGACUGUCUCUGACACCUUAUCAGACAUAUUAUUUCACUGUGACUGCUGUAAGUUCUGCAGGUAACACAGCUGUAUCUUCUGAUGGUGUUACCAUAGUAACAGAAGGUGAUGUUCUGCCAGGAGUUGUAAUCAGUGAUGGAGACCCCUGUAAUAUGACUGAUCUGAUUGUGGACCAUCAUGAAGAGGACAACAGAAUAAACUGUGAAGAGGAACCUGAUGUCCAGUUGUCACUGAAUUCACUCAAGGCUUAUUGGACAGUACCAGACAAUAUAAAACCUUAUACAACGGAUGCCUUUAUUGCUGUGGAACAAAGAUCAACUGUUGGAAACAUAUGGACUACCUUUCGUGAAUAUGUACAUGUAUCCACAGUUUUUGACAUCAGCAUAGAUGAUUUGGUACUAAGUCCAGGCAUAAAGUAUCGUUUAACACUGAAGCUAUGUGCAAGGAUGUUCUGUUUCUCUCCAGUCAGUACAGAUGGUGUCAUGGUGAUGGCUAAUCCUCCAGCUACAGGGGACAUAACUGUGGAACAUCUAAAUACCACAGUAACUGGUGGGGCUGAGAAGUUGAUGAUAUCAUUUGAUAAAUUUUAUGAUCCUGAUAUUGAAGACACAACAGAGAAAUAUAGCGCCAUCUGGAAAUAUGAAUAUGCAGUGACAGAUAACUCUGUAAAAGGGAAGACAUAUAUAACAUGGAUGAACUUAGAUACCUUUACCACAAAUGGAAAUAGGAUCAACUUUGAAAUGGUAUUAACAGGAGAGAUGGACUUCUCUCGUUGUAAGAAGUUUUCUAUCAGAGGAUAUGACCAAGUUAGACUAAACUCCAUAGUAUCAACAGAAAUUAAAGAUUGUAAAGCAUUUAAUCCCAUCCUUAUCAACCCAAAUAUUGUGAUAGAUGCUGUAGGAGUGGCCAGUGCAAAUGAUGGAGUAGGCAUUCCAAUUUAUCUGGAAGAGAAUGAUAGAUGGAAGCCAGCGGACGAGGAUUAUACACCAUACAAAAAUCUUAUCUCAGCAGUGUGGCCCACUCUGCGUCACGGAGAGAAUGUCAAUUACAAAUAUGCCAUUAUAGAUGCCAGGAAUGUUGAUGUUACAACGUACUACAAACAAGUUGGUCAGCUGAACUUGGUAGAUCCAUGUAUCCCAGAUGCUAUCAGAUGUGGGGAAACUCAUAGAGAAUUUAUGAAUGAAGAGUUCACACACAAUGAACUGGUCCAUGGUACAAGAUACACAGUAUGUAUACAUGCUGCUCAGACUGCUAUAGUGAAUGAAGAAUGGAUACAACAAUUACCAGCUGUCAGUGCAUGUAGUGAUGGAAUAAUCGUAGAUUUAACUCCUCCUACCGCUGGAAGAUUGUGGAUUGGUCAUAAUCUAAAUACAGUCUAUCAGACUUCAGACUCAGAUAUGUAUGUAAACUGGGACAAUUUCCAAGAUGUGGAAGAAUUUAACAAUGGACCACACCCAUCUGGAAUUAAAGAAUACAUAUUAGGAAUUGGUACAUCUAGUGGGGGUAAUGAUGUUGUUGCUUUUGAGAAUGUUGGAGUACUACAACAUAAAGCCUUACAUCAACUUAAUUUGCAGAAUGGUUACAAGUAUUAUGCUACUCUGAAAGCUGUUGAUUUUGCUAACAGAGAAACAGAAGUUGUUUCUGAGCCAGUUAUCAUAGAUACAACUCCACCAGUUACUAGUAAUAAACCAAUAGUUUUAACAAACAGGCAUAUAACAUCCACAACAGAAAUAGAUCCAUGUUGGAAAGAUGUAUUCCUUGACUUAGAAUCUGGUAUAGAUUAUUACAUGUGGUCAGUUGGAUCAGAGCCAGGAUAUACAGAUAUGAUGUCAUAUUUGAAGGUUGUUGAUGAAGAAUGUGGAAGGUCAGACAAAAAUAAUCCUUUAGAUCUCCAGGAUGGCCAUUUCUAUUAUAUCAAUGUCAGGGCAUUUAACAAGGCAGGAUUAUCAUCAUUAGCUACAUCCUGGGCUUUCCAAGUGGACACAACGCCACCUACACCUGGUCAUGUGUAUGAUGGAGAUAAAAGUCAGCUGACAGGAAGUGUCAAGGACAUUGACUACCAGACAGACACCAAAGUGUUACAUGCCUGUUGGGAAGGUUUCCAUGAAUCUCACUCCACCAUUAAAGACUAUUAUGUUUCUGUAGGGACCUGUCCUCAGUGUGAAGAUAUUUUACAGGAACAGGCUGUGGGAAUUACAUAUGAUUUUACAUUAGAGAACAUCCACCUUGGUACAGGGCUGAGAUAUUAUACCACAGUGACGGCUUGUAACACGGCAGAUAUGUGUACUACUGUGACUUCAGAUGGCGUUAUUAUAGACAACAGUGCCCCUGUUGCUGGAAUGGUUCAGGAUGGAACUGGAUUCCAUGACACAGAAUACCAGUCUAUCAUAAGUUAUAUCUCUGCUAAGUGGUAUGGGUUUGAUGAUCCUCAGUCUGGUCUCGAGAAGUAUGUAUGGAUGGCAGGAACCACCAAAGGAGGCACUGAUAUUAUACCAGAGACAGAACUUCAUCUGACUGAGACUGCUGCUUUCUAUAAUACUUCUUUAGGACUACCGUUGAACCAGAGAAUAUUUGUUACAGUCAGAGCUUACAAUAAAGUUGGUUUAUGGUCAGAAUCAACAUCCAAUGGUUUUCUGGUUGACACAUCAGCUCCUGUUAUAACAACAACACCUACAUUCUCUCCUGACUUUGGAAUUAAGGGAUUGACACAGAUUUAUAGAACAUCUAUGAAGGUUGAAUGGGCUGUUGAUGAUGACGAGUCAUAUAUAAAAAGACAGUAUCUGUCUGUCAAAUCUCAUAUUGGAGGAGAAUUUAUGUUGUCAUCACAAUCAGUGAAUGGUAUUGCCAGGUCCUACGUAUUUACUGGACUAGAUUUACAUGAUGGAGUGACCUAUUAUGUGACCAUAAUUUCCUGUAACAGUGCUGAUAUAUGUAUAACUUCAACAUCUCAGGGAAUGUUUGUAGACAGUACUCCGCCAUCUAGAGGUAUGUUUGCUAUAACAACUGAUCAUGCUGCUGAUCCUGAACUCCUGAGACAUGCGGAAGGAUGGAUGCUCUGGUCACAGAGAGCUGUAAAUCUGGCCUGGUUAGGCUUCAGUGACCUACAUUCUGAUGUAGACCAUUAUAAAGUAGCUGUGGGGUCUCUUUAUAUGGGCCAGGAUUUAAACGCGGAUACAGAUGCCAAAUAUUACCAUACAAAUACCAACACAGACCAUGGUGAUGAAGGAAAAGUUCAACUGUUUAAAGUGGACACCAAAACUUUGACCAAAUAUGAUAUGCUGUAUAUAUCUGUGUGGGCUGUCAAUGGAGUUGGAAUGAGAAGUAAACUUAUCCAUUCAGCUUUUAAAAAAGUACCUGGGGGACCUUUAGAUCUAAUCAGGAGAUGUGAUGCUAUGUCAUGUGAUGGACAUUGUGUAUGUGCUCCUCAAGAUCAAAAAUGUCCUUUAAAUCCAAACCUUGUUAGUUGUAAUGAUGUGUCAAACAAUAAUCACAACAAUCUUCUACUGGUAAAAGAUAGUAAUGGCUAUUCUAGUAGUGAUCAAGCUGUAACAGCAUCUGAUAAUAUAUUACGUGGAAUAUGGCUUGUGUCCCAAGUACAAGGCAUGAAACCUUUAUGGUAUGAAUGGAGUGUUGGUUACACUCAGUUUGAUUUACCAUCUGGUAUAUAUGAUCCUGUGGAAGAAAAAGUUUGGCAAGAUGGCGGUCAACUUAAGGACUGUGUUUUUUCUACUAAACCUGGAGACAAAUUGGAGAAUACUUUGAUUUACUCUGUGUUUGUGAGAAUAUGGUACUCAGCAGACCAGUAUGCUGUGUUUAAAUCGAAUGGAAUAGUUGUAAUGGGACAAGCUCCUGUGUUAGCUUCUGUUAGAGGAAAAUCUGUAAUAGAAAAAAUAAGAGGAACUACAGUUAAAGACACAGACUUCAUGCAGAUAGGCAGACCUAUAACCUUUGACUGGAACAGUAAAUUCCUGGAGUAUGAUAAAACUAUAGAGAAAUACAGUAUUUAUCUUAGUACUUUCCCAGGAGGACAUGAUAUUCUUAGAGUAGCACAUGACAUUCCAGGAACAGACCAACAGUACAACAUGACAGGUCUAAAACUAACCCCAGGUGUAGUCCAUUACACAAACGUUAUAGCCUAUAAUUAUGCUGGAGCCCACACAACAGCAACAUCAGAUGGUUUUGUUAUUGACUAUACACUACCUAAGUCAGGAAUUGUUUAUGAUGGACUAGGAAGUACAGAUUUAGAGUUUAUGAACUCAUCUGAAUCUGUUUCUGCACACUGGCAUGGCUUUACAGAUACUGAAUCUGGUAUAGAGAAAUACUAUUUUUGUUUUGGGACGACAACUUUUGUAGACAACAGGAAACGAGACAAGACGGAAUGUAGUGUACUGGGAUGGACAGAUGCUGGUUUACAUGUAUCUGCUUCUAGUAAUAUAUCUACUGAAAUACCCCAAGGAACAAGAUUAUAUGCCAAAGUUUAUUCUGUUGAUAGCGCUGGGCUGAAGUCAGACAUUGUUGUAUCAGAUAGUGCCAUCAUUGACAAAACUCCUCCCGUUCCUGAAAAGUUCAUUCAUGUUAUUGAUAAACUUGGGAAUAAUACAUCAUUUGAAAACACAGGUGGAGAUGAAAUUAUGUUUGAAAAUGUUACUGCUAUUGAUAUUUGUAUGGUUUCCACUAGUUACCAUCCGUUGUCAUGGAUACCAUCACCCUUUACUUGUAUGGCUGUGGUAUCAUCUGAUGUUAAUUUAGCCAGAGAUGGAAGAUCUUUUUUGUUCAUAAGAGGAAAUGUGCACCAAGAAUUACCACAAGUUAUUGCUGGACAGCUUUACAGAGUUUCCUUCUUCAGUAGUCAUUUGUCAAUAACCAACUCAGUGGCUGCCAAUAAAGAAGGAUUUAUACAAUUUGGUGAUGGAGAAAGACUGGUAUUCUUAAUUUACACUAAAAGUUAUCGUAAAGAUGGACAUGGAAUAAGUUCAGACCGUGAAGAAGUUUCCUGGCAUACACACCAUGUCUAUUUUAGACCCACAGAAAAUGCAGUGAAUAUUACAAUAGGUAGUAUGGACAUGACUACGGGGAUAUUUGUAGAUGACCUUUCUGUACAGGAAGUAAACUUAACAACAGGUGCCACAAGUGGCAAUGUGCAUGGUCAUGUUGUUUAUUUACAUGAAUGGAGUUCUAUCCAUGGAUCCUGGAGUUUCUCUGAUCCAGAUUCUCCCAUUAUUGAUUACACAUGGGCUAUAGGUUAUGCAGAGGGAGGUACACAGAUCCAACCAUUCAGAAGUGCUGGAUUGAUGAACUUUGCCUUUAACAAUAAUGUAACACUGGUCCACAACACCUUUAUUUAUGUAACAACUAUAGCUACUAAUGCUGCAGGAUUGAGGGGUGUGUCAUAUUCUGAUCCCAUACUGGUAGAUCUGACACCACCUGAUAUUAAAUAUAUUUAUGAUGGUAGAGGUGCUGACGAGGAUUCCUGGACGUUUAAUGAAGUUGUUGCAAACUGGGAAGUAGAGGACUUGGAAUCUGGUAUCAAGUUCUGUAAAUGGGCAAUCGGUUACACACCAGGUAAAACAGACUUGCUUAUUUACACUGAAAUAUCAGCUUCACCAGGUUCAAUGGAAUUUGAUUACAGUGUUUUAGAAGGGUAUACCAUCUACACCACCCUCAGUUGUGAGAACAAUGCUGGUCUGACGUACUCCUUGUCUACUGAUGGAGUUAAAAUCUCAAAUACGCCACCAUCCAUUUCCUCAGUGCAGAUGGAAGUUCUUUCCCUGUCGUCUACAGAGUACAACCCUCGAGACUGGUACCUAGGUCUCACAGAUACGUUGAGAAUAAAAUGGUCUGGAUUUACAGAUAGCAUUGGUGUGGAAACAUACAAGGUAAAUUAUCCUGGACAGAUGUCGGAGGCCAUGUUUUUCCCAGCAAACCAGGAAGUAUUAUACACUCACUUCACAAAGAUGUCGCUAACAGAUGAUAAACAUGACGUGUCUACACAAGCUAUGAAUAAACUGUUCCUCAGAUCAUUGUACGUGACUACUAAUGUAACUGUUCAGACUGCAGUUCCCCAAGUAGAUAAUUCCAAGAGUCUUGGAUUAUCCUACCUUAACAAUGAAGUAGUCGUAUCGUGGGGAGACAUUUUCACCUCUGACUAUUCACUUUACUAUGAGGUAUCGGCUGGAUCAUUCCAGAGUGGUGUCAACAUUAUACAAUGGCAGUUUACAAACCAGUCUAGUAUUACAUUUGGUAUACCAGCAUCAGUUAAGGCAGAGACUGGUACAGCUAUCUAUGUUAAUGUUAGGGCCAUUUCUGUAGGAGGAUACUAUGCACAGACGGCAGGAAGUUUUAAACUGCCAUAAAUUGAUCAAGAGUAGAAGUAUGUUGAAGUUCUGAACUUUUAAACAGACUAUGAUUUAGAUACAUUUAAAUUUCCUAUUUUGGAUCUGCUAUUGUCUGAGGGCUUUUGUUUGAUACUACCUAAUCUUGAAAUUUACAGAAGUAACUAGGAAAGAACACAAAAUGCAGUGAUUUGUCUUUUCUGAUAUGUUUUGUUAUACAGAUUAUUUUAACAUUACCGCAGGGAUGAUAAGGUACACUACUCAAAAGAUUUUCAUUUUUACUUUGAAAUUUAAAGCUGGCCAUGCCCAUGGAGUUAUUUUAAUGUUUGUUCCUGUGAUGCGUUAUGAUUAUAUGUGAUAGCCCUUACAUUUGUUUAUGUUUCUUACAUGCAUGUUUUCUUCAGAUAUUGGUUAAAACUCUCCAAUGUUUUGUUUGUUUUGCUUUUAGCAAUAUUUAUUAUGGUUAUAAGGUUUCUUUGCUAAAAACAGUACACUUUUUUAUUUUUUAUGAUCAUAAUAUAUUCUUCUUUAAUGAUUUGUGCCUCAUAUUGGUAAAAGUGCCUAAGUUAUAAUGCUUGUAAUUCGACAAUCACUAAAAAUUGUGUGAAGUAACUAGAUAACCUUAAUAAAUUGGUAUUGUAAUCAUUUGAUAAACGCCCUUUUGAGUGGUCCUAUUAUUUACGAUUAUAGACCCAUUUGUCAUGUACAUUUAUUGUUGGCAGUAAAAGAUAUUUCUGAUUUAUUGAGAUUUUGAGGAAAUACAAAAAUAAAACUAAUUGUUUCUGUUGAACUGUAAGGAUCCAUUUGACAUUGUGAAAUUAUUUCAAAGAGCAAUGUCUGUGAUAUUUUGAAACGCCCAAUUUUAAUCCCCCUAUUAAAUGAUAUUGAAGUGCUUUGUUUGUAAUAUUUUGAAUUUCUGAAUGUUAAUCCCCUAAGAAAUGAUUUUUUAGAUGUCUGUGAUAUUUUAAUGUACAGCAUUGUUUGUAAAUAGUUCUGUUAUUAUGUCUUAUUUUAUCUUGUUAUUUUUUUAGAUUGCCGUCCAAAUACUAUAUAUGUCUCUGUAAUCUGAUUGUGCAAUUUGUAUGUAAAUUAUUGAAACAUUUUCUGAUAUUAUUGUAAUGACUAAAUUGGAAAAAAUUGAUUAUAUCUUUUUUUCAAGGUUCAGUGUGAUUAUUGGGAGCAGAUAUGGGUGUAUGCAGCUAUAAAAAAAAUGCAAUUCAGAUGGAAAUAUUAGUUUCAAAGUACUUCUUCAUCACCCCUCAGGAAAGGAAAUUUUGUGAUGUCCUCAAUUUUUAUUUUUUUUAAAUUUAUAAAUGUUUAUAAAGAUGUCUUGUGAUUGAUUAUGUCAUUUGGUUUCUGUUUUAUUGAAGUUAACCCACCAUCUGCAUUUAGUCGUAUCCAAUUUGACUUAUAUCAGAUCAAGCCAACAGGAUCAGUAUAAAAUGCAGAAUACUUAUAGCAAUUACGGUAUAACUUUAUUUUAUGAAUUACAUGAAAGAUAGCCCACCUGUCUACUUUCUAUACAUUUUUCAUUAACCACUUGUCUUAAAAAAAUUAACCAAUAUUUUAUAAACAUUUUUAUUUAAGUUCAUUUUUUUAUUUGUUGGAUAUUUUUUGUUAGUUGGACAAUUCUCUAAAGCUGAGUUGACCAUUAUAAUACUAACCAAAUGCUUUUCAUGUUUCUAUUGAUAUUUAGUGUUUUCUAUGUUUUUAUUAAUUCUGAGGGAAUUGCAUAAAAUGUUUAUUUGUAAAACCUGAAUUUCUGUAUUCCCUUCAUUAACAAAAUGAGUUAUGGUAUACUGUUGCUUAUCAAUUUGAGUAAAUCACCAUAGAACUCAAAUUUCCUUUGAUCAAUCCAUGUGUUACUCAAAUUGGUAAUAAGAUAUAAUUUGAUAUUGUGAUUUUGACUUAGUAAUGACAUAGUAACCACAGAUAAUUUUUUAUUGAAAUAACUUGAAUAAGAGUUGAUUUCCUUAUAGUUCCACCAAAUUGUUUUCUGACAUGUUUAAUUCAUUACUACAACCAAGUAAGGAUUUUUUAUAAGACUUGUUUGUACCACAUGUUUUAAUUUAGUUAAUAAAAUAAAAUCAACCAGUGUACCCUCCAGUAUGAUGGCAAAUGAUGGUUAAGGGAAAUAAUUCCAGCACAAAUUACGUUAUAUUGAAAACUUAAAAUAGGACCUUGAACUUUUUAAAAAUUGGGUUAGUGAUUUACCAAAUCAUAUUAACUCUUCAUACAAUGUUUGAUUCCUCAAAAGCAUUUUUCUUUUCUUUAUAUCAAUUUUGAACCUUUGACAAAUCCAGUUGUGUUACUCUCUUCACAAACAAGAUAUUUUUCACAUAUCUGGAGAUACCCAAAGUUGUUUUUUUUUAAAUUAUGAAAUUAUUACUAUAUAUAUAGUUUAAGUCCAUAACAAUUUCAGUUGUCUUACAACAUUUUACAUGUUUUAGUUUAACAGAACUUGGUUCAUUUGGUAAUUUCUAAUUUGUAGGUCUUCUGACAAGUCUAGUUUGCCGCAGAAUUUAAUGGUGUGCACUUUUUGAAAGAUUGCUUUUUCAUAUCUUUAUAAUUUGAUAACUCGCAUUGGAUCUGAAAGAAUACCAUUGCUUGUGGAUAAGGAAACAGAUGUUCAUUUUGAUGCUGUUUUUUGUGUUGAUAUACAAUAUAAAUUACUUAUACAAGUUAUAUCAGUAUAUACAUGUAUAUGCUGAAAUUUUUAAAGUGUUUCUGUUAUUUGUUACAACCAGCUCAGCUGUAAACUUGUUGAAAUUUUAAAAUAAAUUAUUUUGAUACUA